AUCACACACACACACACACACACACACACACACACACACACACACACACACACACACACACACACACACACACACACACACACACACACACACACACACACACACACACACACACGGAAAGUCGCGUACCAAUGGCAGCGCAAGCUGAAAGCGAGGACGCAGGGAGGGGCGGAGACUACAGCCCCCAAAAUCCCCUGCGGCGCCUCCCGCCCUGGCGUCAGUCUCCUAGGCAAUCCCGGUAAAUAAGAUGGCGACCUCCGGGAGAGAUCCCCAGUUGCCGAAGCCUUCCUGUCUCCAGGGAGCCGUGAGCAGUUCACGAACUGGAGCCCAGUCGAAACUGCUGCACUCAGAAAAGGAACGUCAGUUUCUCUGGUCUCCUUUUCCCAUGGGGCAGAGACCUAAAAAUACUUUCCGCAAAACCUCCUCCGACCUACUGCAGCAGCUCAUUCACUGCUAUCAAGAGUCGGACGUGGACAGAGAUUACGAUGACCAGGAAGAGGGCGAGGGAGAGGGCGAGGGCAAAGUGGAGUUCGAGGAGUCUUCAGAGUCCGAAAUGCUGAAGUUUGAGGGAGAAUUUGAUGGGGUCCUGAGACAGGAGGUCGUGGCUGAGAAACUCUACAAACUGGGGCGCUCAGGCUCUGGGACUGAGCAGGUCUACCUCAGUCUGACUUUAUCAGGUCUUGAUUUAAUUGACAUUAGCAUCCUCUGUGGAUACAUUCACCUGCAGAAGUUGGAUCUUUCAGUAAAUAAAAUUGAAGAUUUGUCUUGUGUGAGCUGUAUGCCUUAUCUUCUAGAACUUAAUGCUUCUCAGAAUAAACUGACGACAUUCUUCAAUUUCAAGCCACCCAAAAAUCUCAAGAAGGUGGAUUUUUCCUACAACCAGAUUUCAGAAAUGUGUGAUUUGUCGGCAUAUGAGUCUCUCACGAAACUAAUUUUGGACAGCAAUGAGAUAGCUGAAAUCAACGGACUAGAGCUGUGUAGCAGUCUUACCCACCUUAGUUUGGCCAAGAACAAGAUCACAACCAUUAAUGGCUUAGGAAUGUUACCUAUCAAAAUACUUUGUCUGAUUGCUGAGCUGGGUGAAAUAGAAUACAUUGAAAACCUACGUCUCCUUCGAGUUCUCAAUCUUCUAAGAAAUCCAAUUCGGGAAGAAUCUGACUAUUAUUCCUUCGUGAUUUUUAUGCUACUUCGAUUAACAGAAUUAGAUCAGAAGAAGAUAAGAGUGGAAGAAAAGGUCGCGGCAGUGAACAAAUACAACCCUCCCCCAGAAGUGGCCGCAGCCCAAGAUCACAUGACCCAUGUUUUCAACAGCCUGAUGCAGCCACAGAGGAUCUUUGACAGCACCCUUCCUAGUCUGGAUGCCCCUUAUCCCAUGUUGGUAUUAGCUGGUCCUCAAGCAUGUGGUAAACAAGAACUCGCUCACCGCCUCUGCAGACAGUUCAGCACUUACUUCAGAUACGGGGCCUGUCACACCACAAGACGGCCGUACUUUGGAGAAGGGGAACGCGUUGAUUAUCAUUUUAUCUCUCAAGAAGUUUUUGAUGAAAUGCUAAACAUGGGGAAAUUUAUUCUAACCUUUAAUUAUGGUAAUCACAAGUAUGGAUUAAGUAGGGACACCAUAGAAGAUAUCGCAAGAGAUGGUUUAGCAAGCUGUGUUCAUAUGGAAAUAGAAGGUGUAAGAAGUUUAAAACAUUCCUAUUUUGAGCCUCGAUACAUCCUGGUGGUACCCAUGGACAAGAAAAAAUAUGAGGGCUACUUGAGGAGAAAAGGAUUAUUCAGUCGUAUAGAGAUUGAAUUUGCUGUCUCCAGAGUAGACCUUUAUAUUAAAAUUCAUCAGAAAUAUCCAGGAUAUUUUGAUGCAGUAAUCAAUGCAGAUGAUCUGGAUGUUGCCUACCAAACUCUGAGUCAGCUCAUUAGAGAAUACCUUGGAUUGUCGGAGGCAACUGCCAAGAGUUUGGCUCCAACCACAGCAGAUAUUAAGAAACCUCAGCUGAAACCUGAAAAGACUUUGAAGAAGUUUAGAGCUUCGAGUGAAUUUGAGUCCCUGGAUUUUGCAGACAGAAACUACUUUGUGAAAUUAUGGGCCAAACUUUCAGGCAAAAACAUACCAGCGGAAAGAGAGUCUAUGGCGAGACAGUAUGAGACAGCCCGGCAGGCCCUAAUGGGAAAGACACCUCCUCAUCACACAUCCCUGUUUCAAAGGGGUCUAGUACCAGCACCCGUCAUCGACAGUCUACCUUGUUUUACAGCUUUAGAACUAAAGAAAAGUUUCGAGCUUUAUGGAGGUUACUUUAAAACUCCCUUUGGACCUUCUGAAAAGAGUGGCAUGGAUUCCAGUGAUUCCAUGAAAUACUCUGCAUUAUUUGAAUCUUGUCCAUGGUCAAAAGACUUGCCUUUUCGGCCUCCGGAAGACAGAAUUUAUUCACACCCAGAAUCAACAAUAGGUGAUAUUGAGGAUCAGGCCCUAAAAGCACUACAUAAACAGGUAUUUCCAUGUGGAAAAGGGUCUCUCCAACACAGAAGACACAUGAUCUCAAGCAUCAGUCGCCCAGGUUCCAACACCAAACCCACCCUCCCUCCGAUCCCUCAGGGCCGCAAGUAGACCCGUACCUGACAUUUGAUCUUAACAUGGAAAACUUGCUCUGAUCAUGUCCAGUCCCUUUGUCUCCCCUGGCCAUGGAUCCUGGCUAUUCCUCACUCAACCAACUACCUACAAAAGAAUGUUCUAUAUGCCUUAAUUCUCUCAGUUUCUUUUGUGAUUCUCUGAAUAGUGUCUAUCUUUUUAAAAUGUAAGUUAUUCUUAGCUUUUAUAAAUGGAAUUUCAGUUUUUCCCACAGCUAUGAAUGAAUUUUCUAGCUGUUUCCUGCUCUGAAAUAUCAGAUGGCAAAAUCUCCCAAGAUCUCUGCCUUGCUACAUGCAUAGUGAUUGUGGGAUAAAGACAAUGAAGAUUGUGCUCUUAAAAUUUCAAUGCGUCCAUUUAUAGCAUUAGUGUAUACUUUACAGGAUUGAAAUAUUUUGUUCUUCUCAUUAUGAAAAAAUUAUGGAGUUCCAUUUAACUUCUGACCAACAUGAUACCUCAAAUUCCUUUAGCAAUAUGAAGAAAUAAAUCAGGUAUUUCUUUUAGUUCACCCUUUUUUGACUCUGAUUAUGAAAGGUUUAUAAGCAAUUUUCAUUGUCUUUGUGGUUUCACUUCCUGCCAUCUGCAGAAGAAAAAUUGAGCAGUUAUAGGCGAGGCUGGUGUUCGGCUGAUUUGUGUGAACGAGACUAUGCUGGUUGUUAAAACACUGAAAUGUACCCGUUUGGAUGGGUAAAUGGUCUUUCCUCUGAAUCCUCUGUGCAUGGUGAUUCAUGGGAACAAGAGCCUUCCCAUAGUACGGCACUAAUUGUUAAAUAUUUUAAAUAUCAAAAUACUCUAAUGCUUUCCUUUUUAAAAAAUAUCAAAACUUCCUUUGAUAAUCCCCUUUCCCGUAACUCAUAUUUGGAUGUAACACGAUUUGCUGUUGGCUCCUAUCUUCCACCUAGCCCUGUUCUCAGCAGGAGCUGGUUAAAGUUCUUUUCUUGGGGUGGGUAGGAGAGGCUGGGAGGGGGAAUGUGGAGGAGAGUACAAGGCUGAGCCGGAGAAGGGAGGCAAUGCUCUCUGGAAAAGUAGGGGUGCAGAGAGUGGGUUGCUGUGCCCCAAGGAUUCACCAGCAUCAUCUCAUCUUUUUAAAAGUUAUUAUAAAAUAUUUUAGACACAAGGGAAGAUAUAAAAAUAAUAGUUUCAAUUUCAAACAAUAUGGAAGAGAUGCUUUUAAAAAACAAUUUCUCCUACUAAGCACAGCUAAAAGCAUAGAAAUUAUAUAUAAAACAAAGGUAAGAUUGAGAGUUAGAAGGAAGAAGGCAGACCACCUGAGGACCCUGGGACCUGAGUAAUGACAUAAUGGUAAUUUCCCUGGGUCUCCUUUUGCCUUAGUUAUCCUAAACUGGGUGCUGGAGAAGCUAAAACCCCAAAACACUAAUGAUACAGACAACAAAUUUUCCAACAAAGAGCCUGCUCCUUCUAGCUAAAAGACUAGGAAAGGAGCAGACUAGCAACACAGAAACCUUUUAGACAAGGACUGCUUUACUCCAGCUAAAUACUGUGAAUAAAAUUCUGGCCCCAUCCUUUUUCUCACCCUUGUUAGCAAAGGCUUCCACACUUUUCUAGCUAUAACAAUGUUCCCCUUCUCUUCCCUGAUGUGAUAGUAUCAGGGAAAUUUUUGUGGAGAGCCAGGAUGUUUACCACCACCCAGUGUUAAUAAGAACCCCCUCUCAGAGUAUCAUUGAAGGCUACUUAGGGACCUAGACUGCCAUUCCUCACCUGGUAGUAAUGACGCACCUUUUCCCCUUCCCAUCAGGUGGUGUCAGAGGUCUUGUGGAGGUCCAGCACCUUCACCACUGACCUGUCUCCUUGCAGUGUCAAUGGAGGCCAUGUGAGGACCUAAACUUCCACACCCACUCAGCAUUAAUACAGCAUCAUUCCCACUUUUCCCAUCCUAAGUGUCAAGAGAGGCCAAGUGGAGAACUUAGACUUCUACCUCCACCUGGCAGUAAUGACUCAGUGCUCUCUCCCCAACUGGCAUGGUGUCAGAGAAGGUCAACUAAACAGAAGGUUUAAAUAAGAUCCAGAGUCUCAUACUAUCCAAAAUGUCUAAGAUAUAAUAAUAAAAAAAUACUUAACAAGAGUAAGGAAAACCUUAACUUAAAUGAGAAAAGUCAAUCAACAUAUGCCAACACAGAGGUGAAACAGAUCUUGGAAUUAUCUGACAAGGAUUUUAAAGCAGCUGUGAUGAAGAUGUUUCAACAAGCAAUUAUGCACAUGACUGAAACAACUGAAAAAGAGACACAAUCUUAGCAAAGAAAUAGUCUUGAAAAGAAAUAGAAGAUAUAAAGAAGAAACAAAUGGAACUUUUAGAACUGAAAUUGCAAUAACUGAAAUUUUAAAACUUACUGGAUGGACUCAACAGUAAAAUGGAGAGGUCAGAAGACAAAAAUCAGUGAACUCGAAGACAGAGCAAUUUUAGUUACCUAAUCUGAACAACAGAGAGACAAUAGACUGAAAAAUAAAAUGAGCUCCAAGGACAUGUAGGACUAUAUGAAAAGAUCUAAUGCUUAUGUCAUCAGAGAUCCAGAAGAACAAAAAAGAGUAUGGGGCUAAAAAAUUAUUACUGAAAAUUGCCCCAAUUUUGCAAAAGCCAAAACCCUACAAAUUCAAGAAGAUGAUGAAUCCCAGACAGGAAAAACCCAAAUAAAUCUGCAACAAGACACAUAAUCAAACUUUGUCAAAAAGACAAAGAAAAAUAUCUCAAAGCAGCAAGAGAGAAACAAUAUCUUAAUUAUAAGGAAAAAACAAAUCAAGUGAUAGCAUAUUUCUCAUCAGAAACUAUAAUACUGCCAGAAACCACAGAAAUGGAACAACAUUUUCUAGUCCUAAGAGAAAAAAACCUGUCAAUCUGGAAUUCUCUAUUCAGUAAAAAUGUCCUUCAGGAAUGAAGGAGGAAAUCAAGACAUUCUCAGGUGAAGGAAAACUAAGAGAAUAUAUUGACAGCAGACCUAGCCUAAAAGAAUGGCCCAAAAAAAAAAAAAUUCUUGAAACAGAAUGAAAAUGAUAAAAGAAGGUAAUUUGAAACAUAAAGAAAAAAGAACAGUGGAAAUAGUGAAAAUAUGGAUAAAUACAAUAGAAGUUCCUCCUCAUCUUGAGUUCUCUAAAUUAUGUUUGAUGGUUGAGCAAAAAUUAUAACGUUGUCUGAUGUGGUUCUUGAUAUAUGUAAAAGGUAUAUAUAAUUUAAGGCAAUUAUAAACAGGAGUAAAGGGACUUAAAAGGAGGUAAGCUUUCUACAUUUCACUCAAACGGUUAAAAUGUCAACACCGGGAGACAGUGAUAAGUCAUAUAUGAAUAAUAUAAUACCUAGGAUACCACUAAAAAAGCUACUUUGUGAGAUACACUCAAGAGCACUAUAGAUAAAUAAAAAUGGAAUUUUAAAAAUGUUCAAGUGACACGUAGGAAGUCAGGAAAUAGAAAACAGAGAACCAAAAAACUAAACAAAAUACCAAAAGCAGCCUUAAGCUCUACCAUACCAACAGUUACAUUAGAGUAAAUGGUCUAGAUACACCAAUUAAAAGGCAGAGGUUGGCAGAGGGGAUUAAAAAAACAUGACCAAGUUAUAUCAUUGCUACAAGAAAUUCACUUGAAACUUAACAACAUAGGUUGAAAAUAAAAGAAUGGAAAAGUGUUUGCAUAUAUCAUGCAACCAUUAUCAGAAGAAAGGAAGAGUGGUAAUAUUUGUAUCAGAUAAAGUAGGCUUCAGAGAAAAAAAAAUUACAAGAUAUAGAGAUACAUUAUAUAAGGAUAAAAGGGUCAGUCCACCAAGAAAACGUAACGUGAUUAACUAUGUAUGCGCUAAAGAACAGAACUACAAAACGUGAAGCAAAAACUGACAGAACCGAAAGGAGAAACAGUUGUAUAUUUCAACAUCUCUUUCUCAACAGUUGAUAGAACAAUUAGACAAAACCUCCGAGAGUAUAUAAUAAUUCAACAACAUCAUCAACCAGUAGGAUUUAAUUGACAUUUAUAGAACGUUCCAGUCCAGUGACAGCCCAAUAAACAUUCUUUUCAAGAGUGUUUCAUGAAUGUUCUCAUGGAACAUUAGCCAAGACAGACCAUACCCUGGACCAUGAAAGAAACCUAACAAAUUUAAAAGAAUUCAAAUCAUACAAAGUAUGUUCUCUGACCACAAUGGAAUCAAACUAGAAAUUAAUAACAGAUAAUAGAAAAGUCUCCAAACAUCUGGAAAUGAAACAACACAGUCUUAAAUAAUCUUUGGGCCUAGGAGAAUUAAAGAGAGAUCUAUGGUCUCAAGGGAAUUUAAAAAUACAUGAAACUAUAUGGUAGUUCUAUUUAUUACUCAGCUAUAAAAAGAAACAAAAUUGAGUUAUUUGUAGUGAGGUGGAUGGACCUAGAGUCUGUCAUACAGAGUGAAGUAAGUCAGAAAGAGAAAAACAAAUACCGUAUGCUAACACAUAUAUAUGGAAUCUAAAAAACAAAAAAAAAGGUCAUUAAGAACCUAGGGGCAGGAUGGGAAUAAAGAUGCAGACCUAUUAGAAAAUGGAUUUGAGGACACAGGGAGGGGGAAGGGUAAGCUGGGACAAAGUGAGAGUAUCAUGGACAUAUACACUACCAAAUGUAAAAUAGCUAGCUAGUGGGAAGCAGCUGCAUAGGACAGGGAGAUCAGCUCGUUGCUUUGUGACUACCUAGAGGGGUGGGGUAGGGAGGGUAGGAGGGAGGCUCAAGAGGGAGGGGAUAUGGGGAUAUAUGUAUGCAUAUAGCUGAUUCACUUUGUUAUAAGGCAGAAACUAACACACCAUUGUAAAGCAAUUAUACUCCAAUAAAGAUGUUAAAAAAAAAAAAAGAAACUGAAGAGGAGGAUUCUUAAAUCAAUAAGCUCCUACCUCAAGAACCUGGGAAAUAAAAAUAAACCCAAAAUAAGCAGAAAGAAACAACACAGAGCAAAAAUCAUUGAAAAUGAAAACAUAAAAGGAAUAGAGAAAAAGCAGUAAAACAAAAAGCUAGUUCUUAGAAAAGAUCAAUAAAAUUGACAACCUCUCUCUGGUUAAACUGACAGAAAAAAGAGAAGACACAAAUUACCAAUAUUAUAAGUGAAAUGGGAUGAAACUUCAGAUUCUGCAGGCAUCAAAAGGAUAAUAGGGAAUACUACAAACAAUUCUACACACACAAAUUUGACAACUUAGAUGGAAUGGACCAAUUCCUCAAAAACAAACUACCACAACUCACACAGUAUGAGAUAGAUCAUUUGAGUAACCCUAUAAAUAUUGAUGUAUUAUGGGAAUUGAAUAAUUAAAUUGAAUUAAAGUAUUCAUAAUUAUGAAAAAGAAAUCUCCAGGCCCAGAUGCUUUCACUGGAGAAUUUUACCAAAUGUUUACAAAAGAAUUCAUACCAAUUCUACAUAAUCUCUUUUAGAAAAUGAAAAAGGAAGGAACAGUUCCCAACUUAUUUUCUGAGGCAAAUAUUACUCUGAUACCAAAGUCAGACAGAUGGUACAAAAAAAGAAAACUGCAAACCAGUAUCACUCAUGAAUAGAUGCAAAAAAUCCUUUAAAAAUUUCAGCAAAUAAAAUUCAGCACUACAUAAAACGAAUUAUACACCAUGACCAAGUAGAGUUUAACCCAGAGAUGCUGAUUCACUAAUUGAAAUCAACCAAUGUAAUCUACCAUAAUAACAGGCAAAGAAGAAAAUUUACAUGAUCAGAUCAAUUAAUGCAGAAAAACUAUUUAACAAAGAUUAACACCCAUUCAUGAUAAAAAUCUAGGAAUAGAGACUUUCUUCUAUUUGAUAAAGACUUUGGUACAUGUCUCUAUCUCUAAACAAUAUACACUUUUGUUCACCAUGACUUUAAACUUUAUUUUAUACUGUAUAUAUUCAUCAAUUAACUUUUUCUCAACUUUAUGUUUAUGGGUUUAAUCCAUGAACAUUGUGUUGGUCUAGUUUUAAGGUUUCUCACUGCUGUGUACUAUUCCACUGUAAGAAUGUACCACAAUGUAUCCACUUUCCUCUUGAUGAAUGCUAAAUUUGUUUUCAGUUUUUUUUCUACUAUAAAAGGUGCAGCUGAAAAAAUUCUUCUAUAGGAGUGGAAUUGCUGUGUUAUAGGUAUACAAAUCUUUAACUUUACCAGAUAUUGGUUACUUUGCUAUGCCCUCACAAAUAUGUAAGAGUUUUUAUUUUUCUACAUCUUCAGCAACGAGUGGAAUUGACAAUCUUUUUAUUUCUAAUCCAAUAGCUGUUAAUGUAAACUCAUUGUGGUACUUUGGGUUUCUCCAAAGUUGAACUUUUUUUUUUUUUUUCUUGCAGUAAGCAGGCCUCUCUCACUGUGUGGCCUCUCCCGUUGUGGAGCACAGGCUCCGGACGCGCAGGCUCAGCGGCCAUGGCUCACGGGCCCAGCCGCUCCGUGGCAUGUGGGAUCUUCCCAGACCGGGGCACGAACCCAUGUCCCCUGCAUCGGCAGGCGGACUCUCAACCACUGCGCCACCAGGGAAGCCUGAAAGUUGAACAUUUUUUAUAAGAUUAGUGGCCAUUUAUGGCUCAUCUUCUGUGAGUUGCCUAUUUAUAUGUUUUGUCUAGUUUUAAAUUGGGUUAUUAUCUUUUUCUUACCAAUUUGCAGGAUUUAUUUAUAUAUUCUGGUUAUUAAUUCUUUAGUUAUAUGAAUUGCACAUCUUUUCAAAGGCUGUGUCUUUUCACCUUUUAAAAAUGUUAUAUUUUAAUGAGUAAAAGUUAUUAAUAUGGCCAAAUUUUUCAAACUUUUUCUUGAUAGCUUGUGCUUUUUUAUGUCUUAUGUGUUCCUUCCCUAUGCCAUAGUCAUAACUAUAGUCUCUUAGAUAUUAUUCUAAAUGCUUUGUACAAAAAAGUUUUGCCUUCCCAAUUUAGGUCUAUACUCUACCUGCAAUAGAGCUUUGUGUAUGCUCUGAGGUAGGACUUAAUUUUUUUCUAGUUGUUACACCUCUUUUUCUCUCUAAUCUGUAAGACCUUGUCUCUCAUAUUAUUUCUAUAAAUGUUUGGGUCUGUUUCUGGGUUCUCUGCUCUAUGUUACUGUUUUAUUUACUAUACAUUUAUAAUAAGACUUACAACCUGGUAGGACAAGUUAUGCCCUUUGGUUUUCUUCAAAAUUAUCAUGACUGUUAUUCACAUUUUGCUUUCCAAGUAAUUUUAGACAUUAUCAAACUUGCAAAUGCCUUAUUUAAAGUUAGUUAGAAUUACAUUUAGUUCAUAAAUUUGAGGAAGCUUGUUUUCUUUAUGAUAUUGAAUCUCCCCUUCUCUAAACAUGCUCCCUUUUGUACGUUUUCUUUAAUUCCUUUAAUAAAUUUGUAUACUUUUCUCCAUAAAGGAUAUAUGUAUCUUUAGUGAGGUUUAUUCCUAGGUACCUUUUAUUUUGGUUAUUUUAAGUGGAAUAUUCUUUAAGAUUAUAUUUUCUGUGACUGGUGUAUGGAAUGCAAUUCAUUUCUAUAAUUAUCAUGUGUAUUAUAUAUUCUGACAAUAUAUUUGCAGAUUAUUUCAGGAUUCCAUGCAAAUAUCAUAAAAAAUGACAAUUUUUCCCCCUUUCUUUACAUUCCUAUUAUUAUUCUGUUUUUAAAAUUUCAUUUCAUUAUUUUUUCUUUUAAAAACUUACCUGGAGAGAACUUCCAAUACAAUGUUGAGUAGAAACAAUGAUAGUGGACAUCCUUGUCUCACUUUUGAUUUUAAAAAGAAUAUUUCUAAUGUUUCACUGUUAAGUGUGAAAUUUGCUGUAGAUUUUUGGCAGAUAAUCUUUGGAAAAAAUUUUUCAUUUAAUUCCUGGCUUACCAUGAGUUUUACAAUGAAAGAGUAUUGAAAGGAAGGUGUUUUCUUUGUAGGGUACAAAAAUUUGAGGUAUAUAUUAAUUCAAUCAUAUUAUUGUAUUAUUUGAACUGUUAUUUUCUUUUUUUUUUAAAUUAAUUUAUUUUUGGCUGCACUGGGUCUUUGUUGCUGCACGUGGGCUUUCUUUAGUUGUGGUGAGUGGGGGCUACUCUUCGUUGAGGACUGCAGGCUCAUUGUGGUGGCUUCUCUUGUUGCUGAGCACGGGCUCUAGGUGCGGGGGCUUCGGUAGUUGUCGCACGCAGGCUCAGUAGUUGUGGCGCGCGGGCUCUAGAGCACAGACUCAGUAGUUGUGGCACAUGGGCUUAGUUUCUCUGCGGCCUGUGGGAUCUUCCCGGACCAGGGCUCGAACCCAUGUCCCCUGCGUUGGCAGGUGGAUUUUUAACCAUUGUGCCACCAGGGAAGUCCCCGAACUGUUAUUUUCUUAGUUUGUUUUUUUUUUUCUACUUACUCAUACUGAAAUGUUAAAAAAAACACCCUCUCACUAUGAUUGGGUUUCCCUCCCCUUCCCUCCCCUCCCCUCCCCUCCCCUUCCCUUCCUUUCCCUUCCCUUUCCUCCUUCCUUCUUUCCUUUCUUCUUUCUCCUUCCUCCCUUCCCAGAUUACCUGCUGACUGUGGAAAAGUUAGUGGUACAUAGAAAACAUGCUUACCGGGCCUUCCCUGGUGGUGCAGUGGUUAAGAAUCCACCUGCCAAUGCAGGGGAUAUGGGUUCGAGCCCUGGUCUGGGAAGAUCCCACAUGCCUCGGAGCAACUAAGCCCGUGCACCACAAUUACUGAGCCUGCCCUCUAGAGCCCACGAGCCACAACUACUGAGACCAUGCACCACAGCUGCUGAAGCCUGUGCACCCCAGAGCCCGUGCUCUGCAACAAGAGAAGCCACCGCAAUGAGAAGCCCGUGCACCACAAUGAAGACCCAACGCAGCAAAAAAAAAAAAAAAAAAAAAAAAGCAUGCUUACAGAAGCAUCAAAAGUAAACAUCACACAAAUUUUAAAAAAAGCAGUAGGGUAGUGAUUUUAUAAUCAGACAAAAUAAGAGGUCAAGAUGAAAAUCAUUAAAUGAUACAUAAAACACCCUUUUACAUUAAAACAGGUGCAUCCCAUUACAAAGGUAUAACAGUCAUGAACGCUUAGGAAUUGGAUCAUAUAACAUCAAAGUAUAUAAAGCAAAAAAAUGUUAGAAAUGUAAAUUGCUUUCUAUCUAAAGUGCUCUCAUCCAUAAACCUAGGAUUAUAACAGGAUUGCCUGUUAGGAUUUUUUUUGAUGAUUAAGCUGGAUGAUGUGUGUAUGUAGUGAGUACAAAUACCUCAGGCCACAAACUCUUAAUUUUAAGCUCAAAUCCAAAGUGAAAGAAAUUUAAUCUUAUUCCCUAUCAAUUCAGGACAAUCUCAAUCAAUUCUGUUGCCUCUCUCUUGCUUUUAACCUGGGAUUUCAUCCAACUUCUAAGGGUUUACGGAGUUUUAAGGCAUCAGCGGGAGGCAUCUGGUUCCUGCACUAAUGAGAAAUUCUUGGGUCUUGCCUACUCUCCAGGGACCAUGCCUAUAGCUGCUGACACAUCCCUAUUAUUUUGACCACUCCAGGUAUGUUGACUUUUUGUUUUUAAUGUAACUUUGAUUCUCUUUGUGAAAGCACAUAAGAAACCAACUGCUCUGCUGUGCCAGUCUGGGUCAAGGGGUCUGUCUUAGUCCCUCUCUGCCUUGACACCCUUGCAGUCUUCUUUCUUUGCUGAGUUCCCAGAACAUGGAUAUAUUGGGAGCUCAGUCAGCUGGCUGCCUGGUAGAGCUCCGUAUGGGAAGCCAAACAGUGGACCCCUGCUCUUCAGGUCCCACAUUCAAGUAAGAUUUCUAUUGUAUCCUAGACCUUGAAGUUAUCUGUGGAGUAAUGGUUCUCAACUGGAUUGGCAAAUCACUCUUUCCGUAAGUUUAAAAAACACCAGUGUCCAGGCUCCAUCCCAAGCCAAUUAAAUAAGGAUCUGUGGGGAUGGGGGCUAAGGCAUUGUAUUUUUUUAAAGUUCCCAGAGUGAUUCAAUUGGAUAGCCAGGAUCAAGAGCCACUGCUCCUGGAAGAUAGAGUGGGGGCUUUUCUAGAAUGAUUUUAUCGAUUUUUUUGUUGUUGUUGUCUUCAGCAGAUGACUGACCAUCUCACCACACCCUUAUUAGCAUAAACUAUAUUAUAAUUUUUUAAUGUUUAUAUUUUUUAAUUUUUAUUUUAUUGAAGUAUAGUUGACUUACAAUGUUUUAGGUGUGCAGCAAAGUGAUUCAGUUGUACAUAUGUAUAAAAAUAUAUGUAUUCUUUUUCAGAUUCUUUUCUAUUAUAGGUCAUUACAAGAUAUUGAAUAUAGUUCCCUGUGCUAUACAGUAAGUCCUCAUCAUUUCUUUUAUAUAUAGUAGUAUGUAUCUGUUAAUCCCAAAUUCCAAAUUUAUCCCACCCCCCAACUUUCCCCUUUGGUAACCAUAAAUUUGUUUUCUAUGUCUGAGUCUAUUUCUGUUUUGUAAAUAAGUUUAUUUGUAUCAUUUUUUUUUAGAUUCCACAUAUAAAUUGUAUCAUAUGAUAUUUGUCUUUGACUUACUUCACGUAGUGCAAUAAUCUCUAUAGGUCCAUCCACGUUGCUGCAAAUGGCAUUCUUUCUUUUUUUUAUGGCUGAGUAGCAUUCCAUUGUAUGUACGUACCACAUCUUUAUCCAUUCAUCUGUUGAUGAACAUUUAGAUUGCUUCCAUGUCUUGGCUAUUGUAAACAGUGCUGCUUUGAACAUUGGGGUACAUGCAUCUUUUUGAAUUAGAGUUUUCUCCGGAUAUAUGCCCAGGAGUGGGAUUGCUGGAUAACAUGGUAACUCUAUUUUAGUUUUUUAAGAAACUUCCAUACUGUUCUGCAUAGAGGCUGCACCAGUUUACACUCCCACAUAAUUGUUUAUCAUUACUAAUUUGAUAGUUGAAAAAUGCUAUUUUAUUGAUUAGGUUUAAUGUUUCUCAUAUGCUUAUUUUUUAUUAGUAUUUCCAUCUUAGUGAACUGUUGGUUCAUAUCUUUAUUACAUUUUUAUCCUGGGAUGUCAGUGUUUUAUAUUUUUGUGAGAGCUUUGUCUAUUAAAUAUUAAGUAUGGGGUCCCCAUUUGUUUUAAAUAUCCAUCCCAAUUUGUCAUUGGUCUGUAUUUAUUUUAAAUAGAGAAGAUUUAUUUUAAAUAGAGAAGAUUUUAACUCUGUGUUUUCUUAUAAAGCGUUUGCUUAUGUAUGAUCAUGAAAUCUAUUCUCUAAAAGCAGUGCUUGUCCAAUAGAGCUUUCGGUGAUGAUGGAAAUAUGUAAAAAUAUCUACAUUGUCCAGUAUGACUGAGGAGCUGAAUUUUUAAUUUUACAUACUUUUAAUUAAUUUAGAUGUGAAUAACUACAUGUUACUAGUGGCUACUACAUUGAACAGUACAAUUCUAAAGGGUUUAUCUUCAUAGUCUUGGGAUUUUUUUUUUUUUUUUGGCUGACAGUUAUUUUGAGAGUUCUUUUAUAAGUUCUAGUUUUGGUGGAUUAUAAUGAAGAAAUGAAAAUAUGGCUUUUGUAAUUUAUAUUUUUUAAACUUAUGCCUUGGCAUGUGCUGAAUUUUAAAAAAUCAUCAAUGGGAUUGAAAAGAAAGUCUAUGGUAUAAAAUUUUGCUACAUCUACUAAUUCAAUUUUUCUAAUUACAUUAUUAAAACUAUCUACAUAUAUCCUCUUUUUUUUC